AUGUCCGCUCUCCCAGCUCCCCAAGUGACUCUUCAGAUUGAAUGGCAACCGGCAGCCUUAAGAUUCCGAGAGAGUCAGACACAGUUGAUCCACAAGCCCAGGACGGCGCUCCAAUCCUACAUCCCCGGAUGUGAGCCCACCUGGCAAGAUACCGACGAAGUCACCCUACAGGACUUCUUUGCGGAGUUGCAGCGCUACCUUCAGCACAGCCUCCAAGAGGAAGUCAUCAAGGCCGGUAAUGCGCUAGCCUUGCUGCAAGAAAGACAAGAAGCGGAGUCAGUCCUACUCAGGGAUGCCUUUGGCCGCAUGCGAGACCAAGUCUCCUCAGUCCAGGCACAACUCCAGAGUUAUGCCCAGAGAGAUGACUUAGGAGCGGAUGAGAUGGAAGACAUUGAGUGGACAAGCCCUGCGAUGCCCCCUAACUUCCUGGAGGAGAUGGAAUUGUCCCCCCGGUUGGUGGCGCUCCCAACGCAGGAGGGGACUCAGACAGUUCAGACUCGGAGCCUGAGGAUGGAGAUAGAAGAGGAUGGCGGAGAUACCUCAGGAAGAAGUUGGAGAAACAAUAGAAAGAACUCCUGGCCUCCAUGGCACAGUUCAUGA